GUAAGAUAUAAUCAUCUCGUAAAAAACCCGGAGAAUCGCGUGUGCUCAAUUGAACGUUGAGCUCUGCAUACAGCUCGCGCUCCAAGCCACACUAUAAUUCAAACUUCUAUCGUGCAACUAAUCAAAGCCAUCUUCCAUCUUUCCUGCAACGUGGAACCACUGAACAGCGGCAACCCAUCUGACAUCAACAUAUGUUGCUGAGCGCGACAUUGAUCCGAAGACUCUUGAAACGGCUGUGCCAAGUGUUGGCGGCGCUCGCGACUUCAUCUGCCCAACGACUGCGCAUUCUCGUAUCAUGCUUUCGACGCUUUGUGGCCAAGGUUCACGUUCUAACCUCGCACGAUACUGACUCCAAGUCCACUGGAGACCCAUGCUGCACUGUCUUUACUGGGACUUCCAGUGCACGAUGUUCCCAAUCCACCUUGCCAUUACCGCUUUACACUACUCCACCGAGUGCAGCAAGCCCCGUAGUCCCAACACCUACGAGUGCCAUGCCUGUUCCACCCACCCCCCAGCAUGCUAACCCGCCUCAGACGUCUUCGCCUCCAGCAGCCGGUAAUGCAAUCUCUCCCAUUAGCCCCGCCACUGCUCUCUAUUUUAUACCAUCCGCUGUCAAUUACGCAUCCCGAUAUGAGAAUCGUCCUCACGUAGACGCAUCUCGUGUGUCCAGCGGAAUUCCAGCAUUCAUGAGGACUUUUCCCAACCAAUCAUGUCCUUGGCUGAAUGGUGACUGGGAGUCGUGCAUACAUCCUGAAGGCGCGCUGUAUCUGUACAAUGGUCGCAAGAGGGCCUUUACUGAAGGACACAUUGAUGAAUCGUCGUUCCGCUUGAUGGACAGAUGCGUGGAUGAGCUAUAUGAUCGGGGACGCACAAUAACACCAAACUUUGACGCUAAUGAUAUCGAGCUCGUGGUGCAGGUAGUGCCCGCGCACACAGAUUAUUGUCAAUACUACUUUGUCGACCAUACAACCCGAACUCUUUUUUGGCUGCACGACCAAGAUCACAAUGAAGCGACGUACAACAUCUUUGAUGACUUCCGAGGCGUCUGUGAUCCGAGUCAUAUUCGAUUUGCCUUGGAGUCUCAAUAUUGGACGCACUGCGAACGCUACCCGAAACACGAGCUGGAUCGAGUCAAGCUUCUGAAAGAACUGAGGGAGGUUGUUGUGCAUGCGAGCGCAGAGAUCAUCACUUCGGACGCUUCUUUGUCGCCUUUUGGUGCUGAUGAACUUUCCAGAAUCCUAGAGCUGGUCAACCAUCUUCAAGAGAAUGCUCAGGAAACUAAUUUCCCUCAUUCCAUUUGCGUCAUUGCAAAGUUAAUGCAUUACUUCUCUAAAUCCAAGUAUUUCAACUUCUGCGGUCUACCCUCCGCUCGUCUCGAUGCCGACAAAUCUGUGUACAGCGAGAUUACUAGCUUUGAUCCACUGAUCGGCAGUCUUUCUUUAGCACUUGACGCCAUGCUUUUUUGGGCACCACAAGCGCACUUGAACGAUCUUCGAAGGGUGUGGGUGGAUAAAUGCAUCAACUCACCGCGGUGGAAAGACUACAACACGAAACUCAUGGCGGAGUGGACCGGAAUCACAAUCUACUCCACUGUCAUGUUAGCCGUAGAUGUGAGUUUUCUUGCAGUGCCGAACGUGAACAUUUCUUCGUCGCAGUCGAUCGGGAUCAUUGCUACCUAUCUCUCGAUCAUCUCCAUCACUGGCUCCUUGGUUGUCUCGGUCCUGCUGGUCCGUCAAAACCAAAGGUAUGGUUGUGAAUCAGCGGACAAAGCAGGAGAAUUUCUGCUCAGCAUGACGAGCACGUUUUUCGGGGAUAAAGCUCUUGCGACGGUCAACAGUCUCCCUUACGCGAUGCUUAUGUGGGGGAUGAUUUACUUUUCAAUCGCCCUGUUGUACAACGUGUUCAAGUCUACGACGGUGGCCAUGCUGGCAUCAGUUGUCAGUGGAUGCGUGGUUGUAACCAUGUUUAUAUUGUGGUUCAUUUGGGCAGCAAGAGAGUUGCAUGUCUUCCGGCGACUGGCUGAGCUCGUCUUAUCUGCCAGGAGUCGCUUCUUAGCACGCCUUGGGGUUUAUUUCCCCUGAACUUAUACAACUUGGACUUUCCAUACAUCAUUACCGGACUCAUCUGAUAUCGGUCCUAUAACAGCCGGCAGAUUAUUAUACGCUGAUGUAGCUAGGAAAUA